GCACCCUCUGCAUUUGCGGUGACUGUUGAUUAUAGCCUUCCUCCUCCCAUUCUCUUCUGUCUCCUUGACUAACAGAGGUUAUAUUCGUUGUUGUUCGUACCUUUUUACGCAAAAUGCCCCAAGAAGAAAAGGAAGAAAGCCGGAGACAAAUAAGGCACAAACGGGACAUUUCACAUGCAUCUUCUCUGUCCGAGGCAUGUCAAAGCCUCCCUUUGAGCGCUCUGAACUGUUAUCUCCUUCGUGGUGAGCGGUUCGAACUGGGGACGUCGGAGAGCCGGAGCAACAAUAACAUCAACAGAAACAACAACAGAAACAACAACAACAACAACAACAACAACAACAACAACAACAACAACAACAACAACGUUUUAUUGGGAAAAGAAGAGACAUCGCCAGAUGCAGUAAAUACCGAAGAAGAAAACACUAGCCAACAAUCGGAAGCAGUCGCAACUAACCCGGUUAUGGAUUCUAUGUUUUUCGAAGGAGAAGAAUUUUCUGACAAUUCGCGGACAGAUGACAGACGUACUGGCGCGAACUUGAUGUCUGCAACUAUAAUAUAUUCAAAUCAGUUUCAGCAUACCAUUCCGACAAGUGGUGAGGUAGGAGGGAAGGAUCCAAGUGGGAUUUUGAGUCUCAGUUCCCCUGCUAAGAAGGACGUUAUUUUAUCAAGUUCAGACCAGUUGAAAAUUGAGGAUGAGAAAGAACCCAUCGGUGGAAACAAAGAAGUUCAUACUUUGAAGGAGAGCUUGGUUGAUUUAGAACACCGAUACGACUGUGCGAGUGGAUCUGUGGACAACGUGGCUGUCUCCGAACACCGUUACCACUGUAACUUUGGAUAUAUAUCACGAGCAAAUGACCCAAAACAAUGUGGCAUUUGCGAGUUUAGAAAUGUAGAGCUCAUUGCUGACACAGAUCACCCAAGCAGCUGUGAAUCUGGACCUGUAACAUAUACCACUGUCUCGGAAUACAGUAGCAACUGUGAGUAUGGACCUCUUGGGCACUUGUCGCUCUCGAAAGAAACUGAUGUAGCUGGGCAUGAAGUGGACAACAACGCCAAUCAUGGAACAGGCGUGGCUGAGACGUCUGGAGGUGUAGAACACACGGAUCAUACCUCAGCCAUCCCCCCUGGCAGCGGGCGGGUACCCAGCCACCAUAACCGUCGCGUGACCCGCCCGCCUGUUGUUGAUUACGGGAUGCCGGAUGAAGAAGACUUUUUCGACGACGAUGAUUUCGAACUCGUACCACACCCCACAUCUGCACAAGCUGGCCCGGGCCAGGAAGUAGCGCCAUCUUUUCAAGAACCCACCAAUGACCAGCCACUUCAAGCAGAAUCUUCCGGACCACCACCAGUUUUUGAAAAUACCUUAGGCGAGGCAAAUCCUACAUCUGAUGUGGUAAGCAGGUGGAAUUUGUUAGCUUCAAACAUCAGUGCUGCAGCAAAUAGGAACAUUAUGGACGGUUCAGAUGAAGAUGUUAGACUUACACGUGGUUUUGAUCUGUUUGAGAGCACUCCUGUUAUUGCCGGGGAAUCGAACUCUAUGCCUCAGAGCUCGCGUUCAGCAAUGGAAACCGAGAAUCAAGCCACAGCUUCUCACCCUUUGAAUCCGCUACAAAGCUGCUCAAGGACACGAAGUGAGGCCGUUUUAUUAAACACACGUGGAGAGAUCGAUAGAGAAGACCCUGAUUCUAGACAGAAUGAUGACGAGGGUGGGAGUAACUUCAUCCACGACAUGCCGAAAUGCAGCCAAGUGUCCUCUGCCCACAUCCUCUCUCCCCAGUGUCUUUCUGAGACAGAUUCCGCUAGUGGUCUGGAGUUGGGGUGUUAUGAUGUGUUGAUAUCGAAAACUCCAGAACUUAAUGCAGGGCGUUGUCAACACUCGGCCGCUAUUUUCAGUAAUGGGAACCCCGUCAUACAACCCAAUAACGAUAUAGAUAGUGCAGAUCCUCCUCAACACCCUGGGGACGACAACAUUCAGCAAGGCAGCCCACGAGAUCCUGGACUCAGCGCAUCACCCUCCAAAGACUUUGAAACCGUGGAUACCCCAGAUGGAUAUGAACCCAUCAUUGCUCAAAGAGAACGGACUGAUGAGGAAGCCGACGAGCUUCUUGAUAGUGUCAUUUCUGGGAAAACAGAGAAAGGCAUGGGCCCUGACUCUGUAUCUCGCAAUGCCCAGCGUGAAAGAGUUGACCAACGUGAACAGCAGUCAGCUCUUUUGGAGCAAGAGGACGAGACAGACAGUAGCACGUUGAGAGCGAUCGAAUUGUCCCUUGGGGAGGAUGAGGAGACGACAAACAACAGCAAGACAAGUCUGUCUUUAAGCGGUGUGCAGAAUAGCGCUGAGAUGUUGGAGGAAAACCAAGCCGAUCCUGUGACGUCAAAACCUCAAUUGAACAUACAGGGUAACAAUGUUCAGAACUCCAACAGUGCUAGAGACGAUGUGCACUUGAUCAUGUGCGACUUUGGUUCUGUGUCUGACGGCGAGGAGAGCCACAAACAGGAACUCGGAUCAGUUAACGAGUGUAACCCCUUCUCUUCUAGACUUGAAAAAGUACAAAGGACACCGGAAGCGAUACAGGAUCUUGAAGAUGUUGGUUGUUCUGGGAAAUCUAUUUCAGUAACUAAAGAUACAGAUGACAGAUCGCGGACUAUACAAACUGAUGAAAACGUGAGAGUAAAUAGAAGUGAAACUAUUGGUCGAGACCCUCUCUCAACGUCUACUGCAACAAAGUUAGGUGUCAUAUCAUUAGAGAAACAGACUGAUCUAGAGGAAAUGUUUGACGAGGAUAUCAUAUAUGGCGCUGUGACUAAUAUAAAUGCAGUACCUGUAUCUUUUGCUGAUGGGGGACACGACACAAACUUCAGAGAAAAAGAGGACUCCUGCAUAACGGUUGCGAAAUUUGAAGACAGGGUACAAGAUGAAACCCCUACAGCAUUGUCUUCUUCUGGAACAGCUGAGAGAAAGUUUGACAAAGAAAAUACUCUCUUGAACCUAGUGUCUAAUGUCACGGAACCGCAAAAGAAUUUAUCAGUUAGAGGUGAAGAACACACAACAGAAGAGAGAAAAAGAGAAGGACGCAAUGCUCGCGAGUCACAACCGACGGAUGCUGUUUGUGAAAACGGGAAUCAUAACAGAGGGGUGAUAACCAUAUACAGAAAAGAGAUAAUGAAUGUGUGCAAACCAGAUACAACAAACGAGACUGAUUCUGAAGGACAGAAUGCAGAGAGGAGUAUGCGGACAGGUCAGGUCCUCCGGGCAUCUGGAACAAAGGGAGCUCUAAGCGCUGUUAAAAUAUUAUCUGACGUAUCUCAUAAGAGUUUAUCUAGAAAUUCAGAAGACGAACUGUCAGGAAAAACUCAGUGGAAACAUAAUCAAGUACCACAUUGUGCUACUGAAUCUGGGAAUGAAACCAUAUUUCAUGAUGUCACCAAACAAGGAAAAGAUGAGACUGUUCAAAGUACGAUUAGCUUAGAAAAGGAAGAUAUCCUUAACAAUACCUUUCUCUUAAGCGAGAACGAAUUGCUACACGACAAAAAUACCGUGAGAAAUGAAGUAUUGCACAGCAUAGCAACAAAGGAAGUGACAUUGAGUGUCAAACCUACGCCAGAAAAUAAAAACGCAUGGCAUGACACAAUCCAUCCGGAAACCGAAAGAAAGUUUCAAAAUGGAAACGCCAGAAAUAGCGAUACUUCGCCCAUAAGUGAAAAAGAUCUGCAAGUUACAUUCGCAAAUGAAAAUAUACUGACAGACGCAACGCCGUUGGGCACUGAACAAAUACAGAAGGAUACAAAUCGCCACAAAAAUGAAGACAACCUGGUACUCAAAACGCAGUUAGAUAAUGAAGUAGGGAUACGAGAUAUAGUUCGAUCAGAAAAUGGAAAACUACCUAGAGACUUAAUACAGUCAAACUAUAACAUACGACAUCAAGGGAGAGUUUUGGUAAAAAAUAAUCGGACAAGGAUGGAAACCGGUGCAACGGGCUAUGAAAAGGUCGUACAAAGACCCAGAAACCAAGAAAAUAAAAACAUGCAGGAAUGUGUAAUGGAAAUCAAUAGGGAAGAAAUAGCUGAGUUCUUUUAUGAAACAGGAUAUGGGGCGAGGGAACAAGAAACAGACAUAAUAAAAUCUGUCAAUAAGGAACGAGAAACACACAACCCCAACGAGGUAUACGUUACGAAGAGCGGUAGUGGGAGGUGUGACGAGACUGAAUCUCACAAUGAUGACAGCGAGUUAGAGAGACUAUUCCUCGAAGUAUCGGAGAAAGACCUGAACUCAGACUCGCGAUGUCAGUCUGUUUUGUUCCAUAGUUCUAGUCAAGGAGUUUGCCCAGAUGACUUAGCGCUGAACGAAAGAAUUAGCCGUGACUGCGAGGAUAUCAGCGGCGGCGGCAAAUAUGUGUUCAGUUGUGUUGAGAAUACAUGUGUUUUACAUUCUCCAAACGGUUAUAAAGAAUCGCUUAAAGCCCAAGAUUCUAAAGACAACACAUGUAUUGCAGAUGACUGUGCCAACAGUGGCACUAUAAUAAAGGUCCUACAGGAGCCUUGUGGUCAGAAGACAAACGAGACAAACGUGGCUCCAAAGGCACUCAUGGGCGCUGCAAGCAUUUCUUAUGAUAUAUCUAGGGAGCCCCAAGAUCCUGGGGACAAGUGGCACGAGGAAGAUAGCAGGCUUGUGGAUCCGACAGCUAACGUCUCAAAUGACCUCUGUGAUCCCGACAUUUGGCUAACCAGCGGACCUGCCAAAUUUGGGCUGGAGCCUGUGGAAACAAAAGCUCUUGCUGGAGAUUCUGCUGGCACCGAAAGCUCUUUUGGCGACGCUUCUCCAGAGACAACAGAGCUGCUGGUAUCGGAAAGAGACACAUGUUACGAUAAAGAUAAUGAGACCUCAAAUGCUGAAGCAAAAGACACUGCUAAUUCGUUUAAUUAUGAGAUCAACGGUGGUGGCAACUCUGCAAAGUGUGAGACAGUCUUUACGAAAUCAGCAGACUUGUAUAUAAGAGACGUCGGAGCUAUCACCUGCGGUGGAAUCUUUUCGGAGACACAUGACCUUCCUGAACAAGAACUUAAUAAGAAUUGUGAGAAUCUUGGUGAGACGUUUGGGUUUAUCGAGAAUAUCCUGCAGGAAUCUAUCAAGAGUAUGAGAGACGGACCUGAUAGCCUUGCAGAGGGUGGUAACGUGUCCCUGCAGAGACGACUGUCACCAGUGGUGACCUCGGAAUUUCGGUCAUCUCUCCUAGAUACCUCCCAGCUUCAGUUGUCUCCCAUCCCCAGCAGUGAAGAGAUUAUGACACGUCAACAGACAUCUCCGACGGCGAGUCCAAAUAGUUGCCUGGAUACACGAGCCUGUGGAGAUACAUUCUCUCAGCAAACAGCAGAAUUUAGCAAACGACAAGAACUGAACCCAAGAAAAGCUACGGUGGCUUCCAAUUACUCCCACACGUCAGUUUCUUCAGAUCCCAGUGUGAAAGGUGUGACUCCUCCCAAAAGGCCUGAAUAUCACUCUAUGCCUCGCUCCGCUUGUACUUCGAGGGUAGGGGCUUCGAAUGCUGGACAAACUCAAGUACCGCUCAGAGGGUCUCUCCACAUUCUUAACUCUCGCUUUCCUGUGGCGUUACCUAGGCUUAAAGUGAAAAAGCAAACACAAAAACUGAUUCCGAAUUACGAAGGUAGUAGAGGUGACCCGAUAGGGCUGGUUUUUCCUAAGGGUUGUAACUACGUAGAAAACGAGUUUGAGGAUGAGUCCAGUUGUGUUCCCGUUGUACAAGACCAGGUUGAAAAACUGUGCAAAACAACAAAUAGAAAGUCCAUUUUUGGGGCGCUGACGCACAACUGUCUUCCAUCCACAGAAGACAGCCGUUCAUUCCCCAAGACGGACCGGCGAUUAGAUCAGUCUGGAGCGAGAACGCCCUACCAGGAAAAGUCUAGCUCUUCAAGGUCGUCGAGCUGCUCCACAGAUCGUUCUGGGCAGUCUCGUGGUGACGUCACACAAUCAAACGUUGUACUGAAUAGGGAAAAGGUUCGUAAAAAAGCAACGUUGUCGACAGAGUCUGGCGGCAAAGAGCAUGGGGACUCAUGCCACGGUUGUGACGACGGAAGAAGCCCUUUGCUGAGAGUUGCGUCAUGCGAAUCCCACAGCACACAGAGCUCAACCGGAGAGGAGUCUUCCAAGAACAUUUUACAUCAACGAGAAUCUGAGCUUGUUCAUUCACGUCUCAGACAACGUGGUGACGCAAGAGGUUCGAACCGGCUCCUCUCAGCUGUCUCCCAAAAGAUAGACUCUUCCGACAGGAUAUCCUCCAAAGGCAUAGGAGAUUGCAGCUCCACAAAACCUCACUCAGGAGGUAACAGUCAAAGGGGGUCAGGCCAAGGGACAGCCAUCAACCAGUGGCGGAAACAUGAGACCAGGAGCUUCGUCCCUCUCAACCGAGCCAAGAUCGAACCUAUGAAACUUUACAUUCCAAAGUCCCUGAAAUCGGUCAAGAGUAUGAAUGUCUCAGAGUACGAUCGUUAUCAGGCAGACAAGCGGCUGUUUGAAAAUAUCGCCAAGAUACGACAGAGCAGAGCUAAAGUAGACUGCCACCUGGAUCCCAAAAUCAUGGAUAAAAGCUACAGGCUAAACAGGAGAUACCGACAGAGACUCCAAGAACACACAAACCUUGCAAGAGAAAAUCUGAGAUUUUUGGAAUCCCUUCAGGAGCCAAAGUCUGACUAUGCAAGAGAGUCUCACCUGAAUGACUUCAAGAAAAAUUAUGUCGCCAUGGUGAAGCUAGGGCGUCAUCCUGAAGCAUGGCCGCCAACAAAGGGCGUGAGGGCGUUCAGUGUCAAGGCCAAAUUCGAACAACCUCACCUAAGAUCGGGGUCAUCAGCAGAGCUGGAGUUCAGCGACCACGCCACAUCGUCCAAAAGAAAAAAUCGACCUUAGAAGGGAAGAGGACAGCGUGGAUGGUAUCCCAGUGACAACUAUUGCUUGAGGAGAUGAAUGUCGAUGAACAUUAUUAAGUGUCUUAGACGCGUGUCAACAGUCUGGAAAAGAAGAAAAUAAGAACAACAUAGGCCUACUGAUCCUCCGCUUCUCCCCCGGCCACAUUAUAAAGAAGCACCAACAGGAGCAAAGACAAAUAACGUCUGUUUAAUGUGUCCCGCGCGCUCAUAUGACCUUAUGCAGUUGCGAGCGCCGUUAAACACUUUCAAACAACAACAAC